AGUAGAUGAGAGGGAGAAGGGAAGAGGGAAACUGAGGGAGUCAGGAGAAGCGAGGAGAGCAAAAGCAAAAGAGAGUAACAACAAAAAAAAGGAGGACAGCUCAGCAAAUCAGCCCAGUAGCAUUCCUCUCACAGCUGCAGUGAUCCAGGCUGGGAGGGGAAGUUUAGCUCACAGGAAGAAGAAAAAGAAACAAGAAAUUGCAUUUUUAGUUGUUUUGUUUUCGACCGGGUGAAGAAAUCAGAAGACUCCCUUGAGAGGAAAGGGAACAAGAAGAAAGUGGAAUCAGAGAGCUGUGUCCUGCAGGGGAAGAUGGAUUCAGACUCCGGAGAGCAGAGUGACGGAGACCUGUCUCCAGGACAGGAGAGCUUUAACUCUCGCUCGCUGGCCCUGCAGGCCCAGAAGAAGAUCCUGAGCAAGAUGGCAACCAUGGUGGUGGCCAACAUGCUGACAGAUGACACCAGCAGUGAGAUCUUGGACGAGCUCUACAAGACCAGCCGGGAGUUCACCAAGAGCAAGAAGGAGGCCCACAAGAUAAUCAAGGACGUCAUCAAGAUCGCCCUGAAGAUCGGCAUCCUGUACCGUAACCAUCAGUUCAGCCCCGACGAGCUGGACACAGUGGAGCGCUUCAAGAAGAAGAUGAACCAGGCGGCCAUGACGGCAGUGUCGUUCUACGAGGUGGAGUACACCUUUGACAGGAAUAUUCUGUCUGAGCUCCUGCAGGAUUGCAGGGACCUACUUCACACCCUGGUCGAGCAGCACCUGACGACGCGCUCACAUGCACGCAUUGAUCACGUUUUCAACCAUUUUGCCCAUGGGGAGUACCUGGCCCAGCUGUACGGGGACAGAGAGGAGUACAGACUCUCCCUGAGGAAGAUCUGCAACGGUAUCAACAAACUGCUGGAUGAAGGAACGCUUUAACCUCAAACACAUGACCUCUUUCGUCUCUAGCUCUUUCUGUUGCUGGUCUCUCCUGCCUCCUUCUUUUUCCUUUUCACUUGCUCACCCCUGACCUCUCACAUCCUCUGCCUUCUUUUUGCUCCCGUCUUCCUGUCUCUUCAUCAUCCAUUACCAUGAAGCGAGCUGUAACAUCCUGCUGCUCUGGUUCAAUGAGGGAAUUUUAUGGACUGUCUUUCCACUCCGUGCAUCAUUGCUGCACACUGGGACAGCCUGUGUCAUGAUUUAUGCAUUAUAGCAUUCCCUUUGUGUACUGUACCAAUGGCCAAAAAACAUACAUUAGGUAUAGUUGGAUAUGGAAGAUAAUCAGUAGUAAUCAGUCUCUCUUUGUGUGUGUGUGUGUGUGUGUGUGUGUGUGUGUGUGUGUGUGUGUGUGUGUGUGUGUGUGUGUAUGUGUGUGUGUGUGUGUGUGUGUGUGUGUGUGUGUGUGUGUGUGUGUGUGUGUGCGCCCAUGUGUCUGUAUGGGAUUCGCUUGAAUAAUGUGUUUGUACAUAAGACCAACUAUGACAUGACGUGUGUAUUAUGUAACUGUGUCAAUCUUCUCUACAAGGGUGUAACACUUGUCUUUUAUUAAAGAUUUCUGGUAAACA